GUGCUGUUGCCAUGGCAACAAUGCUAAAGACAAACAGUUCACUAGAGAGACUGCAUCUUCGCAGGUGUGAUAUUGGCAGCAGUGGAGGUGUGGAGUUAGGAGCAGCAUUAGAGAAAAACAAGACUCUGAGAUGUCUGGACUUGUCAGGGAAUGCAUUAGGAGAUGAUGGAGUGAGAGGAUUGUGCGUAGGUCUAGGGAAUAACUCAUCACUAGAGGAGCUGGAGCUGAUAUAUGAUGAGUCACUAGGAGAAGAGGGAGUGUCAUUACUGUUACAGCUUCAAAAACGGAAACAAACUGAGACACAAGAAAUGCUCCCUCCGACGCGUCCUCUGAUGGCAAGAACACGUUUUAUCAUUUAUUGUGACAUGCUUAGGCAUCCAGAGGCAUCUCAAGGUUCCCUGCCUUUAAGGUUGUGGUCAGUGGAAAGGAAAGCCUCUAAGGGAACUGAGAAGAUGAGGUCAAGACAAUCAUUUUCCUCACUGUCAACUGGUACAUUGUCAGAACCACUUUAUAAGAAGAUUAAACUCUCAGAGGAGACGGAGACGACGAUGUCAGGAUCGUCUGUCUCACAGUCAACUAGGAGAUGAGUACUGUUGUUAAACCUUUCACUGGACA